UUGUUCUUGUAGAAUUUUUCAUCAUGUAUUGUCUAGCAGAAGACUAGCGUUUUUUCUAGAUUGCUUGUAUCAUUUCUUUCAUUCAAAGAAAAGACUCAUGUGUUACUAUGUUAGUAACCUUACUUUUGUACAUGUAAAAAUUUGGUGAAAGAAUUUUGAAAGCCUUUAGCGCUGCAAAUAAUAUUAAUUACGUUGAUUACCGUAUGAUAUUGCCAUACAUGUUUAAAUCAAUACUCUGUGAAUUUAGGAAUGAUAUAAAAUUGUUUAUACACAACCUUGGUCAUACCACAAAAAUAAAAUAAACGACAAUCUUUUGAAAACGGAGGGAGUACUCAAAGAGAGCGGGAAUAGAUCAAAUGAAAAGGGGCUAUGAAGAUGAAGAUUAAAACAAGAUGUUAAAUUUUCCAAGAGAUGGGGCGAACUCAACGGUUUAUCUAUCAUCAGUUUCAAUUCCCUUAUUUUCUCUCACCCAACGUAUUAGGAUUUUCCUAAAUUUGGCACGCAUCAACUUUGCACCCAAAACACUAGAUUGAAAGAGAGAGCAGAAAUGAUGCCUCAACAAUCCAAAUUUAGAAACAUAGAAUUUCUGGGUAGUUCUGGGAAAUUCUCCAUUUUCUCAAAUUUUUUCCUGCAACAUUCAUGGUGUUCAUCUGCAAAAUCCCUAAUUUAUUUUGAUGAAUUUGCUGCUUUGAUUUGUAUGUCUGUCUUUGAUCCUAUCUGUCCUUUUUGGGAAUUGGGUUUUCAGAAAUGUCCCCCAAUUUCAUAGGAUUAUCAUUAUGGUUCUUCUUUUGUGGGGUUCUUACAUUAGUGCACUCCAAAACUGAUUCUAAAGAUGUCACUGCUCUUAAUGUGAUGUUCACAAGCUUGAAUUCUCCUAAAAAGUUGAAAGAUUGGGAAUCAGAUGGUGGUGAUCCUUGUGGUGAUGGAUGGAAAGGCAUUGAAUGUUCUAAAUCAUCAGUCACAGAAAUAAAUUUAUCUGGUUUAGGAUUGACAGGAUCACUGGGUUAUCAGUUAUCAAACCUUGCAUCAGUCACCUACUUCGAUGUGAGCAACAACAAACUCAGUGGUGACAUACCUUAUCAACUUCCUCCCAAUGUGAAACACCUUGAUCUGUCCAACAACGGCUUUACCGGUACUGUUCCUUAUUCUGUUUCACUAAUGAAAAGCCUCAAGGACCUUGACCUAAGUCAUAAUCAGCUGAAUGGUCAGAUAACUGACAUGUUUAGCUCACUUUCAAAUCUUGAUCUCUUGGAUCUUUCAUUUAACAAACUAUCUGGCAGCUUACCUCAGAGUUUUGAAUCUCUUUCAAGCCUCUCUACACUGUAUCUUCAGAACAAUCAACUUAAUGGCCAGAUAAAUGUGCUUGGAAAGUUAAAACUUGAUGAGCUCAAUAUAGCGAACAACAAAUUCAGUGGGUGGAUCCCUAAUGAGUUGACAAAAGUGAAAAAAAUAGACAUUGAAGGAAAUUCUUGGUCUUCUGGGCAACCUCCUCCUGGAAUGACUUCGAGUGGCAAUAUUAAGUCUACCCAUAUGAGCAAAGGUGGGUUAAGUGGGGCAAUGAUUGCUGCGAUUAUUAUGGGUGUUUUGGUGGUAGUUGCAACAUUUCUAGCAAUACUUUCGAGAAAAAGAUCUUCUUUCUCUUCAAGUUUGUAUGAUGAACAAGAUAAUCAAAGUGGUCGCAAAUCAUUUAACUACUUUGGGUCCAAUAGAUACUCAACUGAACUGGGAAUAGAUAAAGACAAAGGCUUCAAAGACCACGACAUAAAGGCUUUACAAUCUUCUGGUCCAAUUGGUCUUAAGCCUUCACUAUCAUACCGCAUGAAGUCAUUUAGAAACAAUGAGCCUGUGAAUAAUGCUGCUUCUCCAAGAAAGGUGUCUUUUGAAAUCACCCCUUAUGCAUUGUCAGAGUUGCAGACUGCGACUAGCAACUUUGCUAUGAGUCGAUUGCUUGGAGAAGGAUCCAUUGGACGUGUUUAUAAAGCCAAACGUCCAGAUGGCAAGGUAAUAGUAGUGAAAAAAAUUAGCUCUGCAUUCUUUCAAGAUGGCCAAGAUGAAAAGUUUUCUGAUAUUAUUUCAAGCCUCUCCAAGAUUUACCAUCCAAAUAUUGUCGAGCUUGCCGGACAUUGUUCAGAGCAGAAACAUAACAUGCUGGUGUAUGAGUAUUUUAGAAAUGGUUCGAUUCAUGAGUAUCUCCACUUGUCUGAUGAAUUCAGCAGACCGCUUACUUGGAAUACUAGGGUGAAGAUUGCUUUAGGAACUGCACGAGCUGUUGAGUACCUGCAUGAAACUUGCUCCCUGUUUCACAGGAGUAUCAAGUCAUCCAACAUUUUACUUGAUAUGGAGUUGAAUCCUCGUUUAACGGAGUGUGGUUUGGCAAUUUUUUAUCAGGAUGCAACUGGAAACCUUGGAGGUGGCUGGUGUGCUCCAGAAUGCACAAAUGGUGCAGCUUACACAUUUAAGAGCGAUGUUUAUAGCUUUGGAGUUGUCAUGCUUGAGCUGUUGACUGGUCGAAUGCCUUAUGACAGUACAAAGCCAAAAGCAGAACAAUAUCUUGUCCAAUGGGCCUUAUCACAGCUUCAUGAUAUCGACGCUCUUGAAAGCAUGGUUGAUCCAGCACUACGUGGCCUCUACCCUCCCAAGUCAAUUUCUCGGUUUGCUGAUAUUGUCGCGCUCUGUGUACAGACGGAGCCAGAAUUUCGGCCACCAAUGUCAGAGGUGGUGCAAUCGUUACACCGGUUAGUUAGACGCCCCAGCAUGAGCAAUCGAGGGGUAGAUGACUUUGAUUACUAGCUGCUCUUUUUUUUUUUUUUUUCUUUUUUAUUAACAGUUUUUUACUAUAUCGAGUGUACAAAUUGUUCUUUUUUUUCCUUGAUCUGUUUUCAUUUUUAGUUUCUGCUUUUGAUUUAAGAUUUAAGAUGCUAGUACAUUGGAUUAUUCUGAAUUUUGUCUUAGUUUCUUCUUCACACGAUGAUUAUGCGUUAGGCCUUGUUUUGGUAGUGAAUUGAAUUGUAAAGGUCACUUGCACUAUAUAUAUAUGUAUCCCUUGUGUUAUGUUGUUA